AUGGAAAGCAGAGAGGAAAUGGUGAUGCUGACGGAGGGAGGUCAGCUUGGCAAGAGCGGCUCUAAUUUGUCGGAAGCUAUCGGGAACCCCGUGCGAGAACCGCAGGGGAAGCCGAGCCACAGGAGCUGUCUGAGCCCCGGCGCUGCGCCCUAUUCCCGGGACAGGACCGAGCUGGUGGUGGAGGAGAGCGCACGGAGGAAUAUGUGUGCCGACAUGAGGCCAGUUGGCACGUCCUCCUCCGCAGAGAGGCACCGGACUGAUCAUCCCCACAAAGACGGCAGCAGCUCAGACACCGAGUCGGACUUCUACGAGGAAAUUGAUGUGAGCUGCACGCCUGAAAGCAUGGACUACCCAACAGCAAAAGCGGACCAGAUUCGCCGGUACCGGACAGCGUUCACGCGGGAGCAGAUUGCACGGCUGGAGAAGGAGUUUUACCGGGAGAACUACGUGUCCAGGCCGCGGAGAUGCGAACUGGCGGCCGCCUUAAAUCUACCUGAAACCACCAUCAAGGUGUGGUUUCAGAACCGCAGGAUGAAAGACAAGCGCCAGCGUCUGGCCAUGACGUGGCCUCACCCAGCCGACCCGGCCUUCUACACCUACAUGAUGAGCCAUGCGGCGGCCACGGGGAACCUGCCUUACCCCUUCCCAUCCCACCUGCCGCUACCUUACUACUCCCACCUGGGUGUCGGAGCCGGCUCGGCUCCGGCCGCCACACCUUUCUCCAAUCCCCUGCGCUCUCUCGACAGUUUCCGGAUGCUGUCUCAUCCCUACCAGAGACCGGAGCUCCUGUGCGCCUUCAGACACCCCUCCCUCUACCCUGGUCCGACCCACGGCCUCGGUCCCGGAGGAAGCCCCUGCUCCUGCCUGGCCUGUCACUCCAGUCAAUCCAACGGUAUCUCAACCAGGCCCUCUGGCUCGGACUUCGCUUGCUCCCCAACUAGCAGGACUGACGCUUUUGUCACCUUCACACCUUCAGUGCUCAGCAAAUCCUCAUCUGUGACAUUAGACCAGAGGGAAGAAGUGCCUCUGACCAGAUAAAACCAAAACAACUCUUGUUCUAUAUAAGCCUUUCCCAUAAGCUUUUUAACCUAACAUAUUAUAUGAUCAGGACUGAAACAGCAUGAAGAGGUAGCCUGUAAGCAGUGAAAGCCAGCUUAAACUUGGGACAAGACAAUUAGCCAGAACUUCAGCUAUGUGACGCACAACAGAUCUUCCAUUACUGAAAAAUAAUAAUCCCAUUGCAGAGCCAGGACAGUGGGCUGAAAUAUGAUGCCACGGACACAAAACCACAUUUGAUUUUUAGAAGAUUAAUUUGAUGUGAGAGAGAAAGAGGAGGGGUUCCAGAGAAACGUUUAAAUCUCCGUGAUGGAUGGCGUUAAGGUUUUUAUCAUUACAUGUCGUCUCUUUACGUGUCCAAAUCGACCUACAUGUAUUGUUAGUUACGCGAGAAUGAUGCUUUCCAUCUCUCUUUUUAACAAGGGGAUUU